AAUGUGUGCUGGUAGCCAUGGAGAGCUCAUCAGUGUCAUUGGUCACAUUAUUUUGUCAAGAGUCCUAGUUACCCCUAGUAACCAAGUAUGUGACGGAGGACAAACCAAAGGAAAGACAUUGUGUGAAUCUCAAAGGAGUAACUACAACCAAAUGACUUAAAAUGUUAUGGCUCAAAGAGCAUACUGCCUUUUUCAUCCGUGUUUGAUUGAUCAACAUGUUAAAUGAAGACUAGCUUUACAGUUUACUUUACAUUUUUUAUCUUAAUAGGACUAAAUCGAACCUAUCUGAGAAGCUUGCUGCUGUUUUAGCUGAACUUUGUUCUUUUUUGUCAUUGGAUAUCUUUAAUUUCUCAAGACUCACAUCACACUGGAUUGACUCUUCAGUACAAUAUGCGUCGUGGUGACCGGUUAACAUGGCCUGGUGAUGCUCAGAGACGUGAAGAAAGGAGAACGGAGGUCAGAUUGGCUCAGGGUUUGCAGAGACUUGACCAGGCUAAACUAUAUCAUCUCAACACACUGACCAGAGAACAGCACAGACUACACCGAGAUCUCAUCUCCAUGAAAACAGGUAACCCCUGGAGAAGAGGACUUCACAGUUUGGGGCUGCGAUCCUCCAACCAGGAUGUUAUCCGCCCUGCUGUGUCCUACAAAAAGACACUAUUACCCAUAAUCCCACUGGCAGGCAGAGAGGCAGACAGUCAAAGGUCGAUGAAACCCCAGCCAUCAUCAUCAUCAUCUCUGCAGGCUCGUGUUCAGGAGUUUAUCAGCAGUGGGGAUACUCUCUGCCUGCCUGACCUUAAACGACUGCCUGUCACCUCUACAACCACAAAAAGAGAGGAGAGCAAGGAAAGAGAGAUAAGUGGAGAACAGGAGAUGCAGAAAGCCACAGAGGGACACACGGAGGUUGGAGAGGUACAGAGGAAUAAAGAAAAAGACACAGAGAUGGAGUGGAUGCUACUGAGAGACAGAGACAAUGCAAUGGGAGCUGAGAUGAAUGGGUGCCCGUCGUCUCCCGGUACUUUCCCCGCUGAGAUGUUAGCCCCUGAUGGACAUUUAAGAGCGGUUCACACAUUACCAAACUUCACCCAGGCCCUGUCUGAAGCACGGAAAGCAAGAUACAUAAGACACAGAGGACAACCACUGUGUGAGCGAGAACUCACCAUCCGGGAGAUAUUUUCCAGGGACCCCAAAGAUACAUAAAAGUAAUGAAAAUCACUUUGAAUCAUAUACAAAAAUGUUGUAAUAUCGCUCUGACGUAUGUGUAUAAAUUGUAUGCACUUUAAAGGAACACUCCACUUUAUUUGAAAAUAUGCUCAUUUUCCAGCUCCCCUAGAGUUAAACAUUUCAUUCUUACCCUUUUGGAAUCCAUUCAGCUGAUCUCGGGUCUGGUAGUACCACUUUUAGCAUAGCUUAGCACAAUCCAUUGAAUCUGAUUAGACCAUUAGCAUCACACUCAAAAAUAACCAAAGAGUUUUGAUAUUUUUCCUAUUUAAAACUUGACUCUUCUGUAGUUACAUCGUGUACUAAGACCGACGGAAAAUGAAAAGUUGUGAUUUUCUAGGCAGAUAUGGGUAGGAACUAUACUCUCAUUCCGGCAUAAUAAUCAAGGACUUUGCUGCCGUAACAUGGCUGCAGCAGGCGCAAUGAUAUUACGUAGUGCCGAAAAUAGUCCCCUGCUAUUGAAAGAUAAGGGGACUAUUUUCGGCUGCUGUGUAAUAUAAUAUCAAUGUUAGAAAAUGCUGCAGCCAUAUCUGCCUAGAAAAUCGCAACUUUUAAUUUUCCAUUGGUCUUAGUACACGAUGUAACUGGGUGAUUCUCACGAAAACUUGGUUUUAAAAAUGUCAAGCAUGAAAAUGUAAAAAUUGCUUAAAUUUACUUUUUUCCCACCAGACAUUGAAAAACAAAGUCUGGAGUAAAUGGGAACAUUAAUUUAAAAACUUUUACUUAUCAUUUAACACUUUUUGUAACAUAAUUAAAAAAAUUAGUCCUAAAAAAUCUCAUUACCGCAACAGUCAGAAAACAUCAACACUGACAUUUUUUCAAAAUGACAUGACAAACCUGAAAAAACAUAAUUUGGAGAUUCUGCACAUGCAUUUAAAAUCAAAGUAUUAUGUUUCUAUUAAUUAAAUUAACAUUUAAUAAGCAUCUGUUGCGGUAAUGAUAAUCAAAAUGUCGUGUAAGCAUUCUGACAAGACAAUAUUUCAAAUUAACUGUAAAGAAAUGAUCUUACCUGGUAGCCAUCUUGAAGUAACUGGUCCAUGUGCUUGGUCACUUAAAAUCAAACUUUAUUAAAAUUCUGUAUGUGUGCUUAAACUGUUCUCAAAAAGUGUUGCGGAGGAUGAGAACAUCAGGCAUGGACACAUCAUUUUCCUGAUUUUUCUUCAUUAUUAUUAUACAUGAAUAUUCAGUAAAUAUUUUUCUGUCAUCUAAAGUAGUCUAGCAAAACAUCCAUUUAUUUUUUUUCUUAAUAUUUUUGUGUUAAUUUGAUUAAAUUACAACAUAACGCAUGUUCAAACACAGCCGGACACAUUGCGGUAAUGAGAAUUUCAGCAGAAAAUGAGAUAAAAUUUACAAUUAUAAAUUCUUAUGUUGAAAUCACACAGUGUGGAAGGUAGAACACAGUAUUGUGUUAAUUCUGAUGCUUUUUAAUGUUACUAUAUUACACAUUUUAAAGCUAAAAUCAUUAGUGCCGUGGUGUUUCAAUGGUUUCGUGAGAAUCACCCAACUACAGAAGAGUCAAGUUUUAAAUAGGAAAAAUAUUGAAACUCUUUGAUUAUUUUUGAGCGUGAUGCUAAUGGUCUAAUCAGAUUACCGUAUUUUCCGGACUAUAAGUCGCUCCGGAGCAUAAAUCGCAUCAGUCAAAAAAUGCGUCAUGAAUAGGAAAAAAAACGUAUAUAAGUCGCACUGGACUAUAAGUCGCAUUUAUUUAGAAAAUUAUUAUUCUUUUUGGGGGAAUUUUGUUUGUUAAGUCUUUCUUUUGGUUCAUGUUAGAACUAAUGAACUAAUUUUGCCAUAUAAGUCACACCUUACUAUAAGUCGCAGGACCAGCCAUACUGUGAAAAAAAGUGUGACUUAUAGUCCGGAAAAUACAGUAUAUGGAUUAUGCUAAGCUAUGCUAAAAGUCCUAGCGCCAGACCC